AUGGAGUUUCCCCAUUCGGUUUUGUUGGUCGUACUAAUUAUUGCAACUUUCGCUAUUUCUAACCUUGUUCAAGCUGAAGAAGAUCAAGAAGGGUUCAUCAGUUUGGAUUGCGGUUUACCCCCAAAUGAAGUGUCACCAUAUAUCGAGCCGUUUACUGGACUACGGUUUUCAUCAGACUCAAGCUUUAUUCAAAGUGGAAAAAUCGGUAAAGUUGAUAAAAGUUUUGAGGCCACGACUCUAAAGUCAUACAUGACGUUGAGAUACUUUCCAGAUGGAAAACGCAAUUGUUACAAUCUUAUUGUGAAGCAAGGGAAAACUUAUAUGAUUAGAGCUACAGCUCUAUAUGGAAAUUAUGACGGUCUUAAUAUUAGUCCUAAGUUUGAUUUAUACAUUGGCGCUAACUUCUGGACAACACUAGACGCGGGAGAAUAUUUAUCUGGCGUGGUUGAGGAGGUCAAUUACAUCCCAAGAUCAAAUUCUUUAGACGUGUGUCUUGUUAAAACAGACACGUCGACGCCAUUCUUAUCACUCUUGGAACUAAGGCCUCUAGAUAAUGAUUCUUACCUCACUGGUUCGGGUUCCUUGAAAACUUUCAGGCGGUACUAUCUUAGUAAUUCAGAAUCCGUUAUCGCGUAUCCAGAAGACGUCAAGGACAGAAUAUGGGAACCAACCUUUGAUUCAGAAUGGAAGCAGAUUUGGACCACUCUCAAACCGAACAACUCCAAUGGUUAUCUUGUGCCGAAGAAUGUGCUUAUGACCGCAGCAAUACCUGCAAAUGAUAGUGCACCGUUUAGAUUUACCGAGGAGCUCGAUUCUCCUACUGACGAACUUUACGUGUACCUCCACUUCUCUGAGGUUCAGUCACUACAGGCCAAUGAAUCUAGAGAGUUUGACAUUUUAUGGAGUGGAGAAGUUGCGUACGAAGCUUUUAUCCCUGAAUAUCUGAAUAUCACGACAAUUCAAACCAAUACUCCAGUUACUUGCCCAGGAGGAAAAUGCAACUUAGAGCUAAAAAGAACUAAAAACUCUACUCACCCACCUCUUAUCAAUGCCAUCGAGUUUUACACGGUGGUAAAUUUUCCACAGUUGGAAACAAAUGAAACUGAUGUUGUUGCUAUCAAAGAUAUCAAAGCAACCUAUGAAUUGAAUAGAAUCACAUGGCAAGGAGAUCCAUGCGUCCCACAAAAGUUUAUCUGGGAGGGUCUGGAUUGCAACAGCAAAGAUGCAUUAACACUACCAAGAAUCACUUCAUUGAACUUGUCUUCAACCGGCUUAACCGGAAAUAUUGCAGCUGGAAUUCAAAAUCUUACCCACCUUGACAAAUUGGAUUUGUCAAAUAACAAUUUGACCGGAGGAGUUCCUGAAUUUCUAGCUAGUAUGAAGUCUCUGUCAUUCAUAAACUUGAGCAAGAACAAUCUGAAUGGUUCAAUCCCACAAGCUCUUCUUAAAAGAGAAAAGGAUGGACUGAAGUUAUCUGUUGAUGAACAGAUUCGGUGUUUUCCUGGUUCAUGUGUCAUCACUAAGAAGAAAUUCCCAGUAAUGAUUGUUGCAUUAGUAUCUUCGGCUGUGGUGGUCAUUCUAGUGGUACUAGUUCUCAUUUUUGUAUUUAAGAAGAAAAAGCCAUCAAAUUUGGAAGAUCUACCACCGUCAUCAAAUACGCCGCGUGAAAACAUUACAUCUACCAGUAUAUCUGAUACAUCGAUUGAGACAAAAAGAAAAAGAUUCAGUUACUCAGAGGUUAUGGAAAUGACAAAGAACUUGCAAAGACCACUUGGCGAAGGAGGUUUUGGAGUCGUUUAUCAUGGUGAUAUAAAUGGUUCAUCACAACAAGUAGCCGUUAAACUACUUUCCCAAUCAUCAACACAAGGCUAUAAAGAGUUUAAAGCUGAGGUCGAACUUUUGUUGAGAGUUCACCACAUAAACUUGGUAAGCCUUGUAGGGUAUUGUGAUGAACGAGAUCACUUGGCUCUCAUCUAUGAAUACAUGUCGAAUAAAGACUUAAAACAUCAUUUGUCAGGAAAACACGGUGGCUCUGUUUUAAAGUGGAAUACCCGACUACAAAUAGCCGUCGAUGCCGCACUAGGACUGGAAUACUUACAUAUUGGAUGUCGACCAUCGAUGGUGCAUAGAGAUGUCAAAAGUACAAAUAUAUUGUUGGACGAUCAAUUUACUGCUAAAAUGGCGGAUUUCGGGCUGUCAAGAUCUUUCCAACUCGGAGAUGAAUCUCAGGUUUCAACCGUUGUUGCUGGUACUCCUGGAUAUCUUGACCCCGAAUAUUACAGAACAGGUCGGUUAGCUGAAAUGAGCGAUGUCUACAGUUUUGGAAUUGUGUUAUUGGAGAUAAUAACAAACCAACGUGUGAUUGACCCAGCCCGAGAAAAAUCUCACAUAACAGAAUGGACAGCAUUUAUGCUUAAUAGAGGAGAUAUUACAAGAAUCAUGGAUCCUAACCUUCAAGGAGAUUAUAACUCUCGUUCUGUCUGGAGAGCUCUUGAAUUAGCAAUGAUGUGCGCUAACCCUUCAUCAGAAAAACGACCGAGCAUGUCCCAAGUUGUUAUCGAGCUAAAAGAGUGUAUACGUUCUGAAAAUAAAACUCAAGGCAUGGAUUCUCAUAGUUCCUUUGAACAAAGCAUGAGUUUUGAUACCAAAGCUGUCCCUAGUGCAAGGUAGUAUUGGCAAAGAAGUCUUACUGCGUCGAUCAAUUUCUGAGUGUGGUAUUCUUCUU